GUCCUUCUGGGCAUCUUCUUCAACGUGCACUCGGCCGUGCUCAUCGAGGACGUGCCCUUCACCGACGAGGACUUCAAGGACGGCCCGGAGCGGAUCUACCGCCUGUACGAGCAGGUCAGCUACAACUGCUUCAUCGCCGCCGGCCUCUACGUGCUGCUCGGCGGCUUCUCCUUCUGCCAGGUCCGCCUGAACAAGCGCAAGGAGUACAUGGUGCGCUAGGCGCAACACCCGCCGCCGCCUGUUCCUCCUUAUCUAACCCCCCCGGGCCCGCCCCGGGGUCCCUCGUGACCCCCGAAUCCCCCUUCCCCCCCACACGUGCGCGGUUUCCACCCACAUUCCUGUUUUUCCCCUCGUCUUGCGAUUGUUUUAUUGG